AUGCAAGUAGGUGAAACAGUAUCUUCAUGCAAUUAUCAAUUUAAUAAUAACGAAAACUUUCCUCUCUCGCCAAUGAGUCAUUUAUCAUCGGGAAAAGGUGUUAUUGAUAAUACACCAUAUUUAACAUGUAUGGAACGGUUAGCAUGUGAAGCAGAGAUGUCAUCGAAAGCAACAUUUUAUUGUACACAAUGUCGUUCAUUACAAUGCAUUUUAUGUGAAAAAGAAGUUCAUAACAAUUCCGAUACUAAACAACAUGAACGAUUGAAUUUAGAUGAAAUUGAUGAUGAACAUUGUUCAGUUGAUAGACAACAUCAGGCAGUCUUUUAUUGUCCAACUUGUGCAUUAUCAUUUUGUUAUGGAUGUUAUGAAGAUCAACAUCAACAUCUUGAUGCAAAAACACAUCGACCACAAAAAUGUCGAGAAGAACCAAUAAUAACGACGAAAAAGAAUAAUGAACAGUAUCGAACUGAAACAAAACCAAUUAAAAUAAAUUCAGUUUCGAAUGGUAAUCAUAAGAAAGCACAUGUACGAAACUCAACUCCUAAACAAUCAGGAUCUUCGUUCGAAGAUGUUAAAGUUGACAGUAGCGAUGACAAUACCUAUUCACCACCCAUCCGAAAAGAACAAUCAACAAAAACAAAAAUUUCACAUUCUACAACUAAUCACCAUAACAAUAAUUUGAAUCAAGUUCCAACACAACAUAGUCUUAAUCAACAGAUGUUACUUGAUUCAAUGAUAGACAAUGACGAUGAGGAUCAAAUUGAUAAUAAACGUACUACCAAAAAAACCCAUCGUCAAUCGCAGAAAUUGCAACCGAACGCUGAUUCAAAUGGUGUUUUUCUAUUACUCGAUGCUAAUGAACAUCUCACUGUUAACAAUAAAGAAGAUUUUAUUUCACAACUACAAUCACCUUCGCCUGAUCCACUUGUCAAAUGUGUUUCUAUUAUUGGAAAUACUGGCGAUGGAAAAUCAUAUACAUUAAAUCAAGUCUUUUUUAAUGGCGAAGAAAAAUUCGACACAUCAUCAACAUCAGACUCAUGUACAAUGGGUGUAUGGUCAGCAUUAGAUGAAAAUCAUCGAACACUUGUUCUUGAUACUGAAGGUCGACUUGGUCUAUCACAAAAUGAUAAUAUUCGUAAUCGAUUGUUACUCAAGAUCUUAUGCAUCAGUGAUAUUGUUAUAUUUCGAACACGAGCAGCCAAACUACCUAAUGAUAUGUUUCAGUUUUUAUCUGAUGCAUCAAAUGCAUUUCACAAAUAUUUUCGAAAAGAACUAGAAAAUGUCAUGAAAAGCUGUAAUGUUGAUGGACCAAUGUCAACGAUGGGACCAACAUUAAUUGUCUUUCAUGAAACAAAUCAUACUGAAGUGUUGAGAGGUCAUUUUCAAUGUCAAAAGACAGCUGUGGAACAACUAAAAGAACGAUUUGAAAAGAUGAAACUAUCAUAUGAUGCAUAUAGUUCGAUUGAGUAUGUUGGAAUUCAAAGUGUUGGUGGAAAACAAACUGAUUUUAGUGAAAUAAAAGCAACAAUAACAUCGACACUUGAAAACAAUAAGAUUCGUUCGCCUCGAAGAUUAUCCACAAUUUUCAAAGCUUUACAAGCUUUGAAUGAAAAAUUCAAUCAUGCCAUUCCUCCAGAAAUGCCGUCCACGCUACCAGAUGACUUUUUUGCAUGUUGUAUUAAAUGUUUAUCUUGUGGAAGUAAAUGCUCAAUGACUGCCAAUCAUCAAAAGGAAAAUAUUCCUCAUCAAUGUGAUAAACGAUGUUCAUAUAAUAAAGAUUUAGAUAAUGAAGUAUGGAAAUGUUUACAAUGCCAUCGUGAAGGUCGUGAUAUUAUCGUAUAUGGAAAAUUAAUUACAAAAGGUGAUGGUCUUGUACAGGGACUUUUGAAAUAUGUUUGGUCGGGUUUCGUUAUCGAAUGUCCAUAUCACGGAGAAAUCUAUCGUUCGAGAAAACAUUGGUAUGGAAAUAAUGAACCAAAAGAUGUAACACGUGUUGAAGUUAUUCAUGUUUGGCCAGGAGAAGAUAACAGUCGAUUAGCAAGUGAUGUUACACCAAGAAAAUUUAUUGAAUUAAUCGUCUUCGCUGGAAGUUAUUUAUCGGCUCCAACAAAAAUGAUAACAGAAAUGGUAGCUGAUCAAGUAGCACCAUCCUAUUGGAUUCCAAAUAAAGAUGUUCAUAAAUGUUCAUCAUGUGAUUUACAAUUUGGGUCAGAUUUUUCUAAACAUCAUUGUCGAGCAUGUGGUCAUGUAUUUUGUGAUACAUGUACAACAAAUCGACGUGUUAUUCCGUGGAUUGAUACUGAAAAAGCCGUACGUGUAUGUAAUAAUUGUUAUGGUAAUCCUAAAUCACGACCACCUUCAUCAUCGUCAUCAUCAACAAAUUCAUUUUCAACAUCCUAUGAUAAGUCUAAACAACAAAAUCAAAAACCAAAAAAUAAUGGUUAUGAAACUGGUAGUAGCGGAGAUUCCGGAAGCAUUGUCACGUCUGGUGAGCAUCUCAGCGAUUUAUGUUUAACUCCAACUGAUAUUUUCGAUAUCGAACAGCCAGGAGCAGGUCCAGUAACAGUUGACAUUCCUACAACUAGACGUGUUUAUGAAACUGUUCUAAGUGGUCUUGAAAAAAUAGGUGUUAACUAUCCAAUUGAAUUUAUCAAAGAAAGUACUCGACCAAAUUAUUGGCAACCAGAUAGUGAAUGUAGUUCUUGUUCUAUAUGUAAAUCUAUUUUUAAUAAUACAACAAAUCGAUUACAUCAUUGUCGCAGUUGUGGCUAUGGUGUUUGUGAACAUUGUUCACCAAAUAAACGUUCUGUACCCGAACGAGAUUGGUUAACACCUGUACGUGUAUGUAAAAUGUGUGAUCGAGCAAUGAAUGACGCAUCUACUGAACGUAAAUAA